AUGGAGAUCACUGCACCAUUGAUAUGGAUGGAAAUCAUCUCUCCAGAUGAAGAAUGCGAAGAAGAGGAAUCACCAUUCGGAGGCCCAAGACCUAUGGUCCCAUACACGUCCAUGUUCUUUUUGUCUCCAUCAAAUCCACUUAGAGUACUGGUACACAGCAUAGUGUGUACAAAGUACUUUGAAAUGAUGGUCAUGGGAGUCAUUUGUCUAUCGUCCAUAUCUUUGGCAGCCGAAGAUCCAGUCGAUGAGGAUAAUGCCAGAAACAAGGUUCUGCAGUACAUGGACUAUUGUUUCACCGGAGUAUUCGCGUGCGAGAUGCUCUUAAAGUUAAUCGAUCAAGGCAUCAUUCUCCACCCAGGAUCCUACUGUCGUGAUUUCUGGAACAUACUCGACGGCGUAGUUGUGACCUGUGCACUGGUUGCAUUUGGAUUUGCAGGCACAGAGGGUUCUGCAGGAAAGAACUUGAACACUAUUAAAUCGUUGAGGGUUCUCAGAGUGCUGAGACCAUUGAAGACCAUCAAAAGAAUUCCGAAACUAAAGGCUGUAUUUGACUGUGUCGUCAACUCUCUGAAGAAUGUCUUCAACAUCCUGAUUGUGUACUUUUUGUUCCAAUUCAUCUUCGGAGUCAUUGCAGUGCAGGUAUAG